AAUACGGCCCCGUUGCCUCGGUGAAUUGCAUGCAGAGUGCAGUACAGCAUCAGUCACAGUAGUAGUCAUCUGGCUAUACCUGUUAAGAUACUCUUCACAUACCUGAUCGAUCCUUGCAAGAUGGCGAGGCAGUGUAUCGCUUCCAUGCUUGCACUGGCAUUGCUCCUCGGAGCAUUUGCAGCCAUUCCUACAGGAGUGCAAGCCAUCGGGGUGUGCUACGGCGUGAACGGCGACAACCUGCCGUCGGCGAGCGACGUGGUGAAACUGUACCAGUCCAACGGCAUCAACCUGAUGCGCAUCUACUUCGCGGACACCAACGCGCUCAACGCGCUGAGCGGCAGCAACAUCGGGGUGAUCAUGGACGUGCCCAACACGGACCUCUCCUCGCUGGCCUCCGACCCGAGCGCGGCGGCGACGUGGGUGAAGAGCAACGUGCAGGCGUUCCCGGGGGUCAACUUCAAGUACAUCGCCGUCGGCAACGAGGUCUCCGGCGGGGACACCAACAACAUCCUCCCCGCCAUGAAGAACGUCAACUCGGCGCUGUCCAACGCCGGGCUGGGAAAGAUCAAGGUGUCCACGGCGGUGCAGAGCGGCGUCACGCAGGGGUACCCGCCGUCGCAGGGCAGCUUCUCGCAGAGCUACAUGGCGCCCAUCGCGCAGUACCUGCAGAGCACGGGGGCCCCGCUGCUCUGCAACGUCUACCCCUACUUCUCCUACACGGGCAACGAGGCCCAGAUCGCCCUCAGCUACGCGCUCUUCACGUCGCCGGGGACCGUCGUGCAGGACGGCAGCAACGCGUACCAGAACCUCUUCGACGCGCUCGUCGACACCUUCGUGUCCGCGCUCGAGAACGCCGGCGCCGGGAACGUCGGCGUCGUCGUGUCCGAGAGCGGCUGGCCGUCCGCCGGCGGCGACGCCGCCACGCCGGGGAACGCGCAGACCUACAACCAGAACCUCAUCAACCAUGUCGGGAAGGGCACGCCCAAGCGCCCCGGCGCCAUCGAGACCUACAUCUUCGCCAUGUUCAACGAGGACAAGAAGACGGGAGCCGAGACGGAGAGGCACUUCGGACUCUUCAACCCGGACAAAUCGCCGGCGUACUCCAUCAUUAUGUACGUACGUACAGGAGUCAAAUCCAUCGGCGUGUGCUACGGCGUGAACGGCGACAACCUGCCGCCGGCGAGCGACGUGGUGCAGCUCUACCAGUCCAACGGCAUCAACCUCAUGCGCAUCUACUUCCCGGACACCAACGCGCUGAACGCGCUGAGCGGCAGCAACAUCGGCGUGAUCAUGGACGUGCCCAACUCGGACCUCUCCUCGCUGGCCUCCGACCCGAGCGCGGCGGCGACGUGGGUGCAGAGGAACUUGCAGGCGUUCCCGGGGGUCAACUUCAAGUACAUCGCCGUCGGCAACGAGGUCUCCGGCGGGGACACCAACAGCAUCCUCCCCGCCAUGCAGAACGUCAACUCCGCGCUCGCCAACGCCGGGCUCGGAGGCAUCAAGGUGUCCACGGCGGUGGAGAGCGGCGUCACCCAGGGCUUCCCGCCGUCGCAGGGCAGCUUCUCGCAGGGUUACAUGGGGCCCAUCGCGCAGUACCUGCAGAGCACGGGGGCCCCGCUGCUCUGCAACGUCUACCCCUACUUCUCCUACACGGGCAACGAGGCCCAGAUCGCCCUCAGCUACGCGCUCUUCACGUCGCCGGGGACCGUCGUGCAGGACGACGACGGCAACGCGUACCAGAACCUCUUCGACGCGCUCGUCGACACCUUCGUGUCCGCGCUCGAGAACGCCGGCGCCGGGAACGUCGGCGUCGUCGUGUCCGAGAGCGGGUGGCCGUCGGACGGCGGCGACGCCGCCACACCAGGGAACGCGCAGACCUACAACCAGAACCUCAUCAACCAUGUCGGGCAGGGCACGCCGAAGCGCCCCGGCGCCAUCGAGACCUACAUCUUCGCCAUGUUCAACGAGGACAAGAAGACGGGAGCGGAGACGGAGAGGCACUUCGGACUCUUCAACCCGGACAAAUCUCCGGCGUACCCCAUCAAUUUCUCCUAAACAAGUGGGACGCAU